AUGCCCCAGUCGUCGCUGAGAAGCAAAGUCUCCAAGAUGUCUAGUACGAGUGCUAACACCGCCACGACGUCUGCGUCCAUGCCUCGUAUAACUUGCGUUAAGCAAGCCGUAGCAGAGCGGAUUGUCGCCAAGUCCUGCAUGCACGACAGCGGCAAACACAUGCAGCGUCAGUUACAGAACGUGAGAGCCGCAGCUUGCAAGCGAAAGAGUUUUCCCACUAGCCAACGCGCGGGUGCUGGAGCUGCCAGCGUAUGUCCUUGCGAACCUCAGACACUGUGUCCCGGACAGCUUUUGGAAGCUGGGAGAAAGGGCCUUCGUACUUCACAAAGUGCCAACAGUCCCGUGCUCCAUUCGGGCCAACAUGAAACCACUGGCUGCAACGCAGCAGAACGAAACCUGCAUGGACUCCUGUCCAAUGGCAGACCGGGCGCCUUGGCACCCUGCAACGAGGGCACCUGCCAUACUUGGUUGCCUGCGCAAAGCGAGCAGCCACUGGACCUGACUGGUGGGUCAGUGGCACAGGUGGGUGAGGCACUUCCUGUGGCAAAGGGUCAUGAGAUGGUGGAGUCUGGAUCUCCUCCUCUGAAAAAGAGCAGAUGUCCUCCUGUGAAACAGAAGACGCAAACUCUGGCGCAGGAGCAGGCUCAGCAGUGCAGGAAGACUCUGCCACGCUUGGCGAGGACAACGGUCGCUUCACACCACGACCCGAGCUUGCAGGGACCUACGUCUACAGGACCGAGCGAAAAAAAAACUAAGAAGGGCUUGAAGGUUUUUAGGGUUCAAGGGUUUAGGGGCCACGCAAGUAAACCCAGACACCUCGUCCUGGUAGUCGUCGUCCUCGUCGUCGGAAAGAGGAACCACAGAGCUGAGACCAUGGUUCAAGCAAAGGCCAGUCUGCUGACCAUACCAGGUUUUGAAAGCGCGAGUUGGAGGAGUGUCAGAAGCGCCUGGACGGGAUGA